GCAGCGUUGCUGUCAGCAGUUUUGCACCCUUGAGGAUUUUCCCUGGCCGCUUCAGACGGUCUUACUAAUUAUUCAUAAAUAAACAAAAAUGUCAAAACAAUAUGGCCUUAUUUUACCCGGCCAACAGAAGAAAGUACCUCUAAAACGAGCCGAAAGGCCCUCGAUUUUCGACGAGAACAGCGAGUCCGAGAGCGAUGACGACCAACAUGCUCCGCAAUUGCAGCCAAGAGCCGGCGGCGUAUCCAUGGGUCCCAGUCUAAUGGAGCGCCGCGUGGCCCGCCGGCAGCAGGAGAAGGCCCUGGCCGAGGAUCCAACCAUAUUCCAGUACGACGAGCUGUACGACGACAUGGACAGCAAACGCGAGGAGGCCAAGCAAACGAAGAGCCAGGAGCCGCGGAAACCCAAGUACAUUGGCCGGCUGAUGGAGCAUGCCGAGCGCAGGAAGCUGGAGAAGGAGCUGCGCAUCGAACGGCAGGUGCAGAAGGAUCGCGAAGCCGAGGGCGAGAUGUACAAGGACAAGGACACCUACGUGACUGCCACCUACCGCAAGAAGCUCGAGUCCAUACGCCAGAUGCAGGAGCAGGAGCAGCGUGAUGAGUACCUCGAGGCCAUUGGCGAUGUGACCAAGCAGAAGGAUCUGGACGGCUUCUAUCGCCAUCUAUACGAACAGAAGAUGGGCGGUCCCGCCCAGAAGGAUGUCGUCAAGCCAAAGACGGCGCCCACCACCGACGAGGUGGCGUACAAGCCCAUUAAGGCAGAGGCUGUCAAGCAUCGAAGCUAUCGGCGACGUCGCCCCUCCGAGGACGAGGAGGAGCAGACCAAGAGCAAGUCAGACGUAGGCUCGGAGGCCACGAAGUCAACGGAUCAAACGGAAGGCAUACCAGCACAGGCACAUUUGACCAACAACAUUGAUGCCGAUUCCGAUUUUAGCAUAGACGACUCCAGCGAUGAAGAAGACGAGAAGGAGAAUGAGAAGGAAAAGAAUAAGCUGUCCCAGGUCAGAAAGGAGGAUAAGGACAAGGCUCCGGAAAGUUCAGAGCCCGCUAAACCCAAAGAACCCGUGGCAUCGCAACAAUCCCCCACCAAAAAGGAAGAUUCCAAUGCCGAAGUGGACGAGAAGGAUCUACCCGUGCCGAAAGUCACCAAACCGCCUGUGGACCGCACACUCUUCUGGCGCAAGAGGACCGUGGGCGAGGUCCUAGCGGCAGCCUUGACUCGCUACGAGGAACGCAAGCGAGCGCGCCUGGAGUAAAAUGCAUCCAAUUAAAGUUCGAGUUGUGGGAAAAACAAACCAGUGAUUUCUGUAUUGUCUGCUUAUUAUGCUAAUUUCAAUUUGUCCCAUGCUCAUAAAUAAUUUAUGUGCACGCCAACGCUCUUAGCAGACCCUUUUCGGUGCAAAUAUUUUGCAUAAGUUGCAACAGAGUCCCCCAGCCAGCCCGUUUGCACUUUUCAUCUAAAACAGAGGACAGAGAAAAAAAUGGGUAAGAAGUACAAGGCAUGACGGAUGAAACCGCAGGAAAAGUUGGGGCGAACAACACUGGAGGAUGAGGAAGUGCCUGAAGGAGCAGAACGCGAAGAUAUUCCAUUUAUUUUGUAUGACGACGACACGACGACAAGUAGGAGAGCCAAAAAAAUAACUAGGGCUAGCUCAGAGGAACGAAGCUGGGAAUACCCUUAAAGGUUAUCGCAUUUUCAGGCUAAUAGACUGUUUUUAAAGUAAAUGUUAAAGAUUUCCCCAAGUUGGGUGCCCAAUUCGACUUAUGAUAAA